GUCAUAUUUUAUACUUUUGAUGGAAUUGCAAUAAUUCGAAUAUAUAGAUAGACACUAAUAUAAUACAUAUACGUGGAUAAUAGGGUACAUUUGACUAUCCUAUCAAAGUUCAUUUAACGACAUUUUUGACUUUAGGCCCCGUUGAUUUGCUUCAUUUUAGAUUUUGUCAUCAGUACCAGGUGCCCUCCCUAGGUGUAUCUGUCUGUUUCAACAUCCCAACAUCCCACCAUCCCACCAUGGCAUCACACUCGCAUGACGGCGGCUCAACGAACCAUUCUCACGACCAUGGCCUCUCCAUCGCCGAGCACGGCCACUCCCACGAAAUCCUCGACGGCCCCGGUAGCUUCCUCGGCCGCGAGAUGCCUAUUAUAGAGGGCCGUGACUGGAACGAGCGGGCCUUUACCGUAGGAAUUGGAGGACCCGUCGGCUCCGGCAAGACCGCCCUGAUGCUCGCGCUGUGCCUUGCCCUGCGCUCGCAGUACUCGAUCGCGGCCGUGACGAACGACAUCUUCACGCGCGAGGACGCUGAGUUCCUGACGCGCCACCGCGCCCUCCCCGCCCCGCGCAUCCGCGCCAUCGAGACCGGAGGCUGCCCCCACGCCGCCGUGCGCGAGGACAUCUCCGCCAACCUCGCCGCCCUCGAGGACCUGCACCGCGCCUUCGCCGCCGACCUCCUCCUCAUCGAGUCCGGCGGCGACAACCUCGCCGCCAACUACAGCCGCGAGCUCGCCGACUACAUCGUCUACGUCAUCGACGUCAGCGGCGGCGACAAGAUCCCCCGCAAGGGCGGCCCCGGGAUAACCCAGAGCGACUUGCUCGUCGUCAACAAGACCGACCUCGCUGAGGCCGUGGGCGCCGACUUGGCUGUCAUGGAGCGCGACGCGAGGCAGAUGCGGGAUGGGGGCCCGACGGUGUUCGCUCAGGUGAAGAAGGGGGUAGCCGUCGACCACAUCGUGAACCUCAUUAUCAGCGCCUGGAAGGCCAGCGGGGCAGAGGAGGCGUGCAAGGCGAGGGGAGGGCCGAAGCCUACGGAGGGGAUAGAAACGUUGGUCUAAGUGCUUUCCUUUAUAUAUACCUACCUAUAUAUAACAUAUCACGUACGUAAAAUUUUAGGUAAUGAGUACACCAGUAGAUGGGAAAACCUACCAAUAGGCAGGGACGUGGAGUAUGUAGGUAACCUAGUCAAACCAAGGAAAGAAAAAAAAAUACCAUUGAAGCCAAGCAAAAUCAUUUUUU